AGUUAGUUGAUUGGUUCCUUUGAUACAUAUACUCCUCCAACCACCAAUAUUCUUUGUCUCUGUAAAAACUCUUGUCUCUCUCUCUCCUGAAGGUAAGGCAGAGAAGAGAAGAAGAGAAGGAAAGAGGCUUGUCCCUGGAGAAAAGAGGAGGCAAAUACAUGGAGAACGAGGGUGUAAACACGGUGGUGGUGGAGCAACAACCUGUGGCAUCCACGUCCAAGUUUCCGUUGAGCUUUUGGGAAACCACGGUGGCUUCAACGGUGGCGCUGGUUUUCGCGGUGGGCCUUCUCGGCGUCUACCUCACCAUGCCCGAUUCCGAUUACAGCUUCCUCAAACUCCCUCGUACCCUCCAAGACCUUCAACUCCUACGGGAUAACCUUGAGAGCUAUACAAGUGACUACACUGCACAAGUCUUGGUGGGGUACUGCGUGGUAUAUAUUUUCAUGCAGACUUUCAUGAUUCCAGGGACUGUGUUCAUGUCAUUGCUUGCUGGAGCACUCUUUGGAGUCUUUAAAGGUGUGGCUCUGGUUGUUUUCACUGCCACUGCAGGAGCUUCUUCAUGCUAUUUCCUGUCUAAACUUAUUGGACGACCUAUUCUGUCCUCUCUCUGGCCUGAAAAGUUGAAAUUCUUCCAAACCCAGGUAGCUAAAAGAAGAAAGGGUUUGUUGAACUACAUGCUUUUUCUAAGACUGACUCCGACCCUGCCCAACACAUUUAUUAAUUUUGCUUCUCCAAUUGUGGAUGUGCCUUAUCAUAUUUUCUUCUUGGCAACUGUUAUUGGGCUGAUACCUGCUGCCUAUGUCACAGUCAAGGCUGGGUUGGCUCUUGGAGAGUUACAAUCCGUGGGUGAUCUCUAUGAUUUCAACUCAAUUGCUACUUUGUUUCUCAUUGGUGUAGUUUCAGUCACACCCACACUAAUGAGCAAGAACGAAUCAUAGCAUUUCAGAAGCCAAGAAUCUUUGUGAAUGAAGGAAGCCCUUGUUCUCCUGACAACUAAUAUCAGCUCAGUAUUUGUACAGAUCUCCAAAACAAAAAGAAAAAAAGGAAGAAAAAGAACAAUUGCAUUGUGAUUCUUUGCUAUUAGAUUUAUUGCAAAAUGCUGCAGUAGUUCAAGACAAGCAUAUGAUUGGUCGGAUCUCUGCCAGUGGCAAGUAACGACGUUUGGCUGAAUUAGUUAUGUACAUUGUUUAUGAGUUGAUUUGUGUAAAGCAUUUACUUAUUCAAUGGUAGUUGCUUUGUCAUGUUUUUUACAUGCACAAAAGAUGUUUUCCCUGA